AUGUCCUCCACGAGACACUCCCCUCGUGGCCGCUCCACAAUGCGAUCUCGCCCGGUCCGAUCGAACCGUACCCAUGUUCAGUCAUAUAACGAAGAAAGCGGCCCGGAUGAGCCGCUGGCCGACGAGCUUGAAUCAGAACCGAGACCCAGGCGCCUUUCGCUCUCCCUGCGACCCCGAGAUUCGAGUCGCAAUCCCGUAUCUUAUCGCGAAGACUCUAGUGACGAUGACAUAGAUGAUAGCCUGGAUGGCUAUCCGGACGUUGUGUUACCUACAGAAACUCCAGAGCUUGCCGCACCUACCGAACAAUCUACACCCACUCGUACCCGCCGUUCUCGAACCGUGAAGACAAGAUCUCAGACACAGAAAACAAAAAGGACUCCAACUAAAAGGCGACUGGAGCUUGGACGUCCCCUGAACAAGAGGAGGAAAGUCGAAGAAGAGAAAGACACAUUUGUUGGUUCUGGAGUCGUCCCGCCGUGGCACACCCUCCCAUACCACAUCCUCUUUGAUAUAUUCCUUCGCGCAUCCUACCCUCUUAUCAACGAAGGAGCAGCUAAGAGGAACUCUUCGGUGAGUUGGCUCGUCAAUGUCGCUCUGUUGUGCCGCAGUUUUCACGAGCCUGCCCUAGCGGCGCUCUACCACUCUCCACCAUUGAUACCUGCCACAAAAUCACAUGGCCUGUUGAACCUUCUUGCAAGGCCUCAAGACCAGCUUUCCAACAAUUAUAUCAAUAAGAUUCAGGAGCUGCAUGUUGAUGUCGAAACCAUUCUGGUUUACAAAAGCGGGCCCACCCUGGGAUACUUCGACUUGCCUAAAUUACUUGAGUAUACUCCUCAGGUGAAGAUCUUGCGGCUAUACCAUAAUAAUGACUUCGUUGUUGGGAUCCCUUCCUGGCAAAUUCCGCGGUCUAAGUGGGUCUACCCAGACAGUCUGUUUACCUCUAUCAACUCGAGCUCCAUGCGACUCUAUAGCUGGGACUGGAACGCUCGUUUUAUGGACACGCAAGCGUUGCUUCCACUCAUGCUAGAAAGACACCGUGAUCCGUCUUUCAAGAGUAUCCAAGAACUCAAAAUUUUGCACAUUGCCGCGGAAGAUGCUGAUGGCGACGAGGUUGUUGGCAUGCCCGAUGACAGAGAACAUGUCUUGUCCAUGGCUCUCAACGAGUUGCCUCAUUUACGACGCUUAGAGUUCCAAGAGUCUUCGAUUUUGAACGACCAUCUUUUCCCAAAGCUACCGCUCAACCUAAAAUCACUCUCCAUCAACAACUGUGACGAUGUAACAACGGCCAACUUUACCCAGUUUCUGGCAUCUCAUGGUCGCAGCCUGCGCGAGUUGAGCCUCAGUCACAACCGCCACUUGAGCCUCUCUUUCAUCACUGACCUUAAAGGGGCCUGUCGAAAUCUAGAAAAGUUUGUCAUGGAUAUCUCGAUCUUCGACCAUUCAAGCUAUCACGAUCUGGAGCCUCAUUUCGAGCAAUUACUCGCCCCAUCCCAAGUGCCCACAUGGCCUACAACCCUGCGACACCUGGAGUUGAUUCAACUACGCAGGUGGGAUGAGAAAACAGCAGAAGCGUUCUUUGCUUCUCUCAUUGAGGCUGCCCCCGAGUUAUCCGACCUGCGAAGACUAAUCAUCAGCGCAAUCCUGAAAACUGGAUGGCGUGACCGUGCGUCGUUUCGCGAAAAAUGGAUUGGGAAUUUAGAGCGGGCUUUUCUGCGUCACAGCUCACCUCCAAACCCAAGGCUUCGCACCCUUAGCCGGCCGACGCAGGAACCAGGCUCAUCUCGAGUCAGCGGAACCGCAAUUCCUGAUGAUAGCGCAUCCCCAUCAAAACGGAAAAGCGCGCGGCUCGCCAGUCUUAAACAUUCGGAUAGUGAAGACGCCCAUAGCCCAUCUCCACGAAGAUCUCGGGUACAUGACGGUGACAGUGACCAUGAUAUACCUGCUAUACAGGGGAUGUGCGACGUGGUAGUCAUUCGAAUUGACAACCAACGACCUAGAGAGACCCAGUACAAUGAAGGGGACUUUCUUGAUGAUGAAGUGAGUGGCGACGAAGACUGGAAUGGUUACGAUGACAUUGGUGACGCAGGCCAUUCGUAUGCUUGGUGA